UAUUGAGUUAGGUUUUUUCCACUUCAUAUAUAAAAAAAAAAGCCUUUCUCGUCUGCCCUCGACGGCGGCGACAAAACCCUCGUCUUCCGCGGCUGCGAACUUCAGGUUUAAGGGAUUUGGUGGAAAAAGAUCGACUUUGAGCAAUGUCUCCGGCCAAAGUUGAUGGUACCAAGAAGGCCGACCCCAAGGCCCGGGCCUUGAAGGCUGCAAAGGCCGUGAAAUCGGGUCAGAUCGUGAAGAAGAAAGGGAAGAAGAUCAGGACGAAGGUGACCUUCCACAGGCCAAAGACAUUGACCAAGGCAAGAGACCCCAAGUACCCGCGAAUCAGCGCCCCCCCGAGAAACAAGCUGGAUCACUACCAAAUCCUCAAGUAUCCUCUCACUACCGAAUCCGCUAUGAAAAAGAUCGAGGACAACAAUACCCUUGUGUUCAUCGUGGACAUCCGUGCCGACAAGAAGAAGAUCAAGGAUGCAGUCAAGAAGAUGUAUGACAUCCAGACCAAGAAAGUUAACACCUUGAUCAGACCCGAUGGAACGAAGAAGGCGUACGUGAGGCUGACGCCGGACUACGACGCUUUGGAUGUGGCUAACAAAAUCGGCAUCAUUUAAAGUUUUCGUCGGUCCAAAUUAUAUUUCUUGUAUCAUUUUUAUUAUGAAUGAAAUGUUCCAUGAUAACAUACGGUUUAUAUGUCGAUCCUUCUUUGUUAACCUUAAUUUUCUCCUUGAGACCAGCUUAAAUUUUCAUUACCGUGAUUUUCUAUA